AUGAAUAACCAUUUUGAAAAUUUUGAUGAACUACUUAAGGAGUUAGAUUUGCAAAAUUAUGUUUCCUUUGUAAAAAAAUGUUUUAAAAAUGGUGUAAAGAAGAACGAAGAAAGCAUUUGUUCUCAAGACUUAAGAAAUUUAGCAAAAUGUCUACCUAGGGUAUCAGGUGUUUGGUACGAUUUACAUAAAAAUAGCUGGGAAGCUAGAUGGUCAGAAGGAACUAAAUCUGCAAGAAAAUAUUAUUCUGUUCAGAAAUUUGGUUUUCAUGAAGCAAGGAAGUUAGCUAUAAAAACAAUUAAGACAAAAGAAAUUAAUUAUAUAUAUAAUAGUAUAAAUGAAGAUUUUAAUAAACCUCUGAAGUGGAAUUUAAAUAAUGAAUUUUUAGAAAUGAAUCAUGACCCAACUAUAAACUUAAAAAAGAAAUGUAGAGCGAAAAAUUGUAAAAUAAAAGAAAUCAAAGUUAAAAAAGAUGGUAAUAACAAUAUUAAUAAAAAAGUGAAAAAUGAGAAGAAAAGUAGUCAAACGAAGAAUAUGAAAAAGAGUAAUCAAUCAGUUAUUAAUUCUGCAAAAAGUGAAAAUUACCAAAUAGAAAAUUACGACAGUUUUGAUAAUGAAGCAGAAAAUGGGGAAAUCACAAAAAUGAAAAUUAAUAUUACAUGUGCAGGUAAAAAAGAAGAACAUGCGCAAAAUCAAUGUAACAAAAAUGUUGAAAAUGGAACAUUAAAGAAAAACAAUACCAAUGAUACAUACAAAAUGAGCAAACUCGGUUUGAACAAUAUUUCAAAAGAAUUAAACUGCUGUAUAGAAGAAUUAAAUAUUUGCACAAAAGGAAAUAUUUCCAAAGAAAAUAAUAUGGUAAGUGUUCUUAUCACAAAAAAUAAUAGGAAUACAUUCGAGGGGAAAAGGGAUAUCCUGAACUGUUCAGGAGAAAUAUUGCACACAAAUGAAAAUUACAUAGAAAAUGAUAAUAAUGAUCACAAUAAUGGUAACAAUAUUAAUGAUAUGAAUGAUGGCAAUAUUAAUGAUAUUAAUGAUGAUAAUAAUAAUGAUAUUAAUGAUGGCAAUAUUAAUGAUAUUAAUGAUGAUAAUAAUAAUGAUAUUAAUGAUGAUAAUAAUAAUGAUAUUAAUGAUGAUAAUAAUAAUGAUAUUAAUGAUGAUAAUAAUAAUGAUAGUAAUGAUAGUAAUGAUAGUAAUGAUAGUAAUGAUAAUAAUAACGCUCCUCUUAAUAAAGAAAAUAGUCGUAUGUCAAAGGAAAGUAGGUAUCGGAUCAUCAACAAGUAUAGUUGUGGUUCAAAUGGCAUUAAUAUUAACACAACUAGCAUUUAUAAUACGACGGUUCAUCCGAAUAGUUAUAAUAAUAGCAGUAGUAGUAGUAAUAAUGAUGAGCGUGCAAAAAAGAACAGUAAUAAUAAUAUAAAUAGCCAAUUUUGCUGCACAAAGGAAGACACAUGCACUGUUUAUAAUAAAAAUUAUAUUUGUAAAAAAUUACAAAAUUGCAAUAUAGAAAAUAAUGAAACAAGUAUGAUGAAAUUCCCAUGUGAUAAAAUUUUAAGUUAUAUGCUACAACACAAUAAACCAAUUUCGAAAAAUAAUAUAUAUAAUAAUAAAAUAGAUAUAUUAAAAAUUAAUAUAAAACAAUCAAAAAAUAAUUCUCAUGAUGAAGAAAUAUGGCCAUCUAAGAAAAAAGCAUCAAAAAAAAAAAUAAACACAAAUAGUAACAAUGCAUGUAUAAAUAGUAAUUCCCAACAUACAAAAAAGAUAAAAACUUAUAAUUCUGACCAUUCUUUAGCUAAAAAUGGGGAUGUAGAUGAAAAUAAAGAGUGCAAACAGGAUCUUGAAAAUGAUAGAGAAAAUAUCUCAUUUCUGGUUAACGAUCUACCUCAAAAGGAAGUUUGUGACUAUGGUAGUGAUUGUAAUAAGAACAGCAAUACGCACAGCAAUACGCACAGCAAUACGCACAGCAAUACGCACAGCAGUACGAACAGUAAUACGAACAGUAAUACGAACAGUAAUACGAACAGUAAUAAUAGAUAUAACAACAAAGAUGACAAUAACAGUAACAGCGAAAAUGGUGACUGCACAAGUGACAAGCAUAGUGCACCGCUUAAUAGGGAAGGUUACAGGUCCAGUGAAAAAAUUGUAUAUAAUUGUGGGAAAAGUUUAAAUAAUAGUUCAAAAAAAACAGCUCACUUGAAGAAAGAUUCACCAAAGGAAAACCUCAGUUGUAGUAACUCAUGUGAUAGUAAUACAUGGAAUAAAAAAAAAGAAAAAAAGAAAUAUUGUACAGAAUUAAAUGUAAAGGACUCAUUACAAUCUGAUACUUUAAGUAUUUUUAAAAAUGCAACUAAUUUACUCCUAAAUGAUUUGAAAUAUAAAUGCAUACCACAUUUCGAUAAGCAAUUUUUGAAUAUUUUGGAAAUUAUUGAUAAUCACAUGAAUUAUGUGAAUUCUACAUUUAAUGAAAAUUUUUUAAUAACAUAUGUACAUUUGUUUGAUACUUGUGUAUCUAACAAUAUUUUACCGAGCCAAAUGGAUCAAAAGAUACAAAAGGUUUUUUGUAAUGCGUUAAUUGCAUUUCAUAUUCUAUUAUUUAAUUUUCAGAAGGAAAAAAAAAAUUAA